CACACCCAGCAAGCAGAGCUCCACAGCAACCACAGCUGCCAACAUCUCCCCCUCUGCUCUGCUCUGCUCUGCUCUGCCGGCUCUGUGGAGAUACCACCAGCACACUGGAUAACUUUGCUCCCCUGAUCAUGUGCAGAGGACUAGAUGCACUGCCCCUCACCUGUCUUGAAAGGGCGAAGCAACUGAGAGCUCUGUUCAGUGGCUUGAGGCUCAGGCAGGACCACACCGGCAUCAUGGGACACUCGAACAAAGCCAACACGCAAAGGUUGAACAGGAACGAGCCCUUGAAUUGGAGCCGGUCCUUCGAGGACCUUCUGUCCAGCCCAAAUGGACUGUGUUUGUUCAGAGCCUUCCUGCACUCCGAGUUCAGUGAGGAGAAUAUAGCUUUCUACCUGGCCUGUGAGGACUACCGAGCCACCAACACCUCCCAGCUGCCGGCUAAGGCCCAGAAGAUCUACCAGGAGUUCAUCAGCGCGGACGCACCCAGAGAGGUGAACCUGGACCACGCGACCAAGGCGCUGACCCGCGACGGGCUGGGGCAGGCGGGCCCCGCCACCUUCGACCUGGCCCAGGCCAAGAUCCACGGCCUGAUGCAGAGGGACUCCUACCCCCGCUUCCUCAAGAGCCCCGCCUACCUGGAGCUGGUCGGGACCGCCAAGACCCGCUAAACAGACGGCCACUCAAACAGCUGCAACCGAUCAAACUGAAGCCCUGCCACAGCCGGCUGGGGGCCCACCGGCUGGGGGCCCGCCAGCCGGCCCUCGGCCUACCCCGGCAGCCACGAGACGCAGGGGGGCCCUCGUCUCAGGGGGGCCCUCGUCUCAGAGGGGCCCUCGUCUCAGGGGGGCCCUCGUCUCAGAGGGGCCCUCGUCUCAGGGGGGCCCUCGUCUCAGGGGGGCCCUCGUCUCAGGGGGGCCCUCGUCUCAGGGGGGCCCUCGUCUCAGGGGGGCCCUCGUCUCAGAGGGGCCCUCGUCUCAGGGGGGCCCUCGUCUCAGGGGGGCCCUCGUCUCAGAGGGGCCCUCGUCUCAGGGGGGCCCUCGUCUCAGGGGGGCCCUCGUCUCAGAGGGGCCCCCACUCAUCCAGGAAGGGGCGCUGCUGGACGGGGGGCACAUGAGACUCUAGACCUCUGGAGGAAGCGGCGUUCCAGAACGACGUUACCACUGAACUGAUUUAUUUAUUGCGUGUUCAGUGAACUCAUUGGAUGUGAGCCACGUGUGUGAAGGGCUGAGGACCAAAGCCACCUCAGUUUAAGCGAAGCGUAGGCCCAGUGUACUAUUGGAUGAUUUACCACUGAACUGAUUUAUUUAUUAAAGUAUACAGUGAACUCAUUGAUAUGAGUUCACUGUAUACUAUAUGAAGGAUUGUUUGCGAUUGCCAGUUCAGCUCAACUAAAGCUUUUACCAGAUUCUGGAAUGAUUUACAACUGAAUGUAUUUAUUGAACUGUACAACGAGCAGAAUGUCAAAUUAAAGCUUUUACCGUUAGAAGCACUACCUUUUUAAAAGGAAUAUUUAUUAUUUGUUAUUAUUUCUUAAUAUUAUUAUAUUUAUAUAUUAUUAAAUAUAUAUUUUUACAACACUAUUUAAAUGUUUGCUGUUUCAAAUGAAAAUAAUGUUUAUCACUAUUUGAUAUUUUUUUACUCGAAAUGCUGGAUGCAAAAAUUUGCUGAAUAAAAAUCCUUACUGUGUUCGGAA